AUGCUUCUUUUUACUCUCAUUGUUCGUCAGCGCGAUGCACUGGCGCUAGCGGCGGACACGGAUGCGUCUAGUGUAGAACUGGAGCAAUGCAGGGUGGCGGCAAAAACGCUUCUCCGAAAGUUGGCUACGGAAUACAGUGGUCCAGCUGUGUACACCCCGCCUCUGCUUACUGUUGUGUGGAAAAAUUAUCUGUUCCACGUCCUUUCCGAAUCGGGCGUGUCAUUUCUUACGGUGUGCGACACUGCUAUGCCGGUCGGUAUUGCGUUGGCCUUCCUAGAGGAUGUGGCUCGGGAGUUCCUGCAGCAGUAUGGACCUCAGGUGGAGUCGGUCACGCGACCCUACUGUUUUAUUAAGUUUGAUUUGUAUCUCCAGCGCACAAAGAAGGUGUUUGCAACCGCAAAACCAUCCCGUAGCUUGGAUGUGCCGCGCACUGGACGAAGGGCACCUUUGCGCCGCACGUUUGAAGAGGUCAUGACAGGCAUUGCUUCAAAAUCACGGUCCUCUGUUUUGCCCGGGCAAGGAGGGGGAUUUGACAGCGACAAGACGCGGUUGUCACUCAUCAUUGCUUGUUUCGCGGUUGUAACUUUUCUUGUGUUCUAUGUCGCGUUCUACUUUGCUGUGGUGUAG